AUGGCCACGGGGUACGCACACGGGCCCGGCGCCAACGGGGCCGACGCCAACUACCCGGAGUCGCGCGUCCUGAUCAUCAUGACGGGCGGCACGAUCUGCAUGCAGCCGUCGGCGGACGGGCUGGUGCCCAUGACGGGGUUCCUCGAGAACGCAAUGGCGCCCCGGCCGACCUUUAACGACGGCUCGCCCCCCGUGCGGCUCCACGCGUACAAGGGCGGCGAGAAGCUCAGCCUCGAGAGCCUGCGGACACCGCCCAGCUCCUACUCGCGCCACGUCCGGUACAGCAUCCUCGAGUUCUCGCCGCUGCUCGACUCUAGCUCCAUCUCGUCCGUCGGCUGGACGGAGGUCGCCCUCACCGUGAAGGAGAAUUACCACCUCUUUGACGGGUUUGUGGUGCUCCAUGGAACGGAUUCCUUAGCUUAUACCGCGUCAGCAUUAUCCUUCAUGAUGACAGACCUGGGCAAGCCAAUCAUCCUGACAGGCUCCCAAGCAUCCAUCUUUGCUCUCCAAUCCGAUGCGGUGGACAAUCUACUGGGCUCCCUGAUCAUUGCAGGGACCUUUGUGAUCCCCGAGGUCUGCCUGUUCUUCUCGCACACUCUCUUCCGUGGCAACAGGACGACCAAGGUCUCUGCGUCGGCUUUCGAGGCCUUCGACAGCCCCAACUGUGAGCCUCUUGCGAAGGUGACCAGCCUCGGCGUCGACGUCAAGUGGUCGCUGGUGCGACGUCCCACGAGGAUAGCCGAGUUCCAGGUCACAAAGUACAUCGACACAGCCCAUGUGGCCUGUCUGCGCAUCUUCCCGGGUAUCAAGCCGGAGAUGGUUGACUCUGUCCUGCGAGUCCCUAACCUGAAGGGCCUGAUCCUCGAGACCUUUGGCAUGGGCAACGCGCCAGGCGGCGUGGACGGCAGCCUAACCAAGGUCAUCAAGGAGGCCGUUGAGCGAAAGAUUGUGAUCGUGAACGUGAGCCAGUGCACGAACGGUUUCGUGUCGCCCCUUUACGCCCCAGGGUUCGCUCUGGGCAAGCUUGGUGUGGUCUUUGGCUACGAUCUCACGACGGAGGCUGCUCUGACAAAGCUCUCGUACCUUCUGGCCGUGGAGAACCUCUCCUACUCGGACAUUACCGCGCAGAUGGCUCACUCCAUCCGCGGUGAAAUGACCGAGAUGACAACACCGAGCUUCUCGCACCCGUCCGGUACCUUGGACGCGCUCGUGAGCAGCCUCACAGCCGCCGAAUCGGCCUUCACAGCGCUGGGCUAUGCUAUCCAAAGAGGCGAUCUGCGGACCGUCCGCGAGUCUCUCGAGGGGGAUGAGACCAGCUACCAACUUUUGAAGAUGGCAGACUAUGCCGGAAACACAGCUCUGCACCUGGCGGCCAUGAGCGCAAACGUGGAGAUCUUACGAGAGCUGCUCACCCGCGGGGCCAGCGUGCACGCCAGGAACUCGGCAAACAACACGCCGCUCUUCCUGGCCAGGAGGACGGCCCACAGGGAGUGCGUGGAGCUGCUCGAGGGCGCAGGAGGUCACCUGUGGGUGGACGAGAGGGCUCGCAGCGGAGCGACUCCCUGUGGGCUGCUCACGGUGCCUGAUUCCUUCGGCUCGUUAAUCAAACGGUUCGUUGGAGGCGUGCGCGUGAGGCUGGGCAUCGUGAGCAAGCAAAAUCGAAGACUAAAGGUUUCUGCUUCUUCUGGUCCCUUCACCCAGGAGUCUUACGACAUGGAUUUCAAAGCCGCGUUUGGCAAGCAGCUGCCCCAUGGCGCCUUCAACUCAAAUUUGACUGCGGCCAACAUGAGUGGGGGCAUGCCUGGCCUGGAAGGUAUCAUCACCCUCCUGGGCAGCCGGAACCCUCUGGUCCAGAUGUUCAUGGUACUACAUCAGAUGGUCGGCUCGCGUAUAGGCAUCGAUCCCACCAUGAUCCUGACUCUGGCCGGGUUCGCCUGGGCGGCCAAUAAAAUAUGGCGCCAGUUCUUUAUGGUUAUCUACAGGUUCAUCGCCGAGUACCUGAUGGCCAGCAUACACGUAUCGAGUGGCGACGAGAUCUACCUGCACAUGAUCAAGUGGCUGGCCUCGCAACCUAAACUCGUCAACUCGCGCUCCCUCACCGCCGAGACUCUGUCCAAGACGGCCUGGGAGGAGGAAGACGAGGCCGACGUGCUAGCAACUAGGAUCUCGCCCGACGGGGAAGGCGUCUACCUAAACUUCUCGAACCAGGAGGCCAAGAUGCCGCCGCGGUUCGUCCCAGCGCUGGGCGUCCACGGUUUCUGGUUUGAGGGCCACUACUUCCGCCUGCACCGCAAGCAGGAGAGCUUCCUCGAGGAUAGCGGCAGCGGCGGGCAGACGUUCAAGGAUAAAGAAAACCUCGUCAUCUCGUGCCUGGGCCGCUCGCCCGAGCCCAUCAAGAAGCUGCUCCGCCACGCCAAGGAGGCCUACUACAACGACCACUACGCAAAGACCAUCGUCAAGAGGCCGUCGCCUAUGAAUAUGCGCCGGUACGGCGGCCGUCACGCCUGGGCCCAGGUGGCUAACCGCCCUGUCCGCCCGAUGAAGACGGUCGUCCUCGACGGCAAGCAGAAGGUGCAGCUCCUGGCCGACGUCAACGAGUACCUGCACCCCGCGACGCCGAGAUGGUACGCCAACCGUGGCAUUCCCCUCAGGCGAGGCUAUCUCUUCCACGGCCCGCCGGGAACCGGCAAGACGUCUCUGUCAUUCGCGCUGGCCGGUGUCUUCGGCCUUGAUAUAUACGUUAUAAGUCUCCUGGAGCCGUCGCUUACCGAGGAGGACCUUCUGGCGCUGUUCAACUCCCUGCCACGACGAUGCGUCAUCCUGCUAGAGGACAUCGACACCGCCGGCUUGGCGCGGCCGAAGGAGGAGCAGGAUCAGGAUGUGGAUGUCGAGGGUGAGGGUAAGGACGGCGGCAAAAGAGAAGGCGGCAAGGGCCGCAAGGGCGGGAGACCCAAUGGCACUGGAAGUGGCGAGGGAGGCGGCGGCGGCGGCGGCGGCCCUAACGACUGGAAGGUCUUGUCAGGGCUGCUGAACGCCAUCGAUGGCGUCGCGUCGCACGAGGGACGCGUGCUGAUCAUGACCACGAACAAGCCCGAGGCGCUCGACGACGCCCUGAUCCGGCCGGGUCGCGUCGACCUGCAGGUGGCGUUCACCAACGCCACCCAGGAGCAGGCCCGCGAGCUGUUCGAGCGCAUGUACGAGGCCGACUCGAAGCGCAAGCCUGCCGCGGCCGUCGUGCCGCAGCCUCCAGCGAUGAACGGGAAACCCGUUGCCAACGGACACACGGACAACCCGGAGAAGGCUGGCGCGCAUGCAGCGGAGCCGGACCACCACCGCCCGAACGGGGCUCACGCCGGCGAUCACGCCAACGGAGGCACCAUCUCGAGCGAGGCGCUCGACGACCACCGCCUCGAGAUAACGAUCGAGGAGCUCAGGGACGUGGCCGCCGACUUCGCGGCCAAGAUCCCCGACGGUUUCUCGCCCGCGGAGCUGCAGGGAUUCCUGCUCAAGAGGAAGAAGGACCCGCGCCGGGCGCUCGCCGAGGUGGAGAACUGGGUCGAGGCGAUGAUGAGGCAGAAGGCGAGCAAGACCAAGGUGCUGCAGGUGCAGUGA